AUGACUCGUUGUAAAAAUAUAAAAUGUCCACCAGUAGAAGAUCCGGUGUGCGUGAAAAUUAAGAAGAAUAAUGAAAAACAUAAAGGAACGUAUAUACUAGCAAUAAACAAAUGCGAGAUACAAUACGCAACGUGUCAUCAAGAUUUAAAACGGGUGAAACGGGAUAACGAUGGUGAGGCGGACAUGACAGAUGAAAAGGUUGUCAGUAACAACGAAGACGUUGAAGAAGGUAAUACGUCUAAUGCAUCAAAUGAGAGCAAUGGAAAUGACAACGAGGAAGAUAAAAAAGAAUCACCAAAUGUAGAUGAUGAAAAAGGAGAUGAAGACGAAGAUCCUAAUAAAAACAAACAGCAAACCAGUGACGAAAAACGGUUAUACGAGUAUAUACCAGAUCUUAAUUUAGGUCCGGACUACGACAUAAAGGAAAAAGAUGUGGACUAUGACCAAUACGGAAAUGAUUGUCCAUCCGUAUGUCCGGUUCGUGAAAUGAUGGUGUGUGCGGAAUGUGGACACAAAAUUUACAAGACUUUUUUAAGUCCCUGUCAUUUAAGACAGUUCAACUGUAAAUAUCCCGAUGAAAAAUUAAAAUUAGUAAAAAGAGAGCCUUGCAUGCAGUCAGCGCCGUUUCUCGCCAAUUUGAAUGAAGCAAAGGGCAGAGUCUCGGAACCAACAGACGAAGAUAGAGUUCUCAAAUUUAUUAAUUGCAGGGAUACAGGAAAACUUGGUGAUCAGGAUUGUAAAUUUGAUGACAAAUUGUAAAUACAAAGUUCUUUCAUC